CACUGGGCAGGACACUAUCAUUAUCCCAUGCUAGUAAUAGUAUUAUACGAAAGGUGAUUAGAAAAGCUGUCACGUUUAUACCAGAAGGCAUGGGCUCGGGAGAGAGUACGACCAGAAAGGUGUCUUUCGGUGUCGAUGAUGAGGACAGAGUCAGGAUUCUUCGGGGAGUCAAGCUUUCGGAGGAUGUUCUUCAGAGGAUGAGAGGAGUGGCCAACAUUGCUCCAGAACGUACACCGUCACCAUCACCAACACCAACACCAACACCAACCUCAACCUCAACAAGCCCUAAGAAAGACACAGGUGCCUCUCGCAGUGCCAGCUCAAGCUCUCAACCACAGCAGAGCCCACAGCACCGAGCCCAACCCGGUUCCCAGUCCAGCAGUAGCAAACCAGCCUCUUACGCCAAAGAAGAACAGAGGAGGUACGAACGCCAGCAGACAAAACUGAAGGAGGAGAUGGACAAGAUGGCACAGAGAGAGAGGGAGGAGAGGAGUAAAACAAUGAGUCGUGAGAGACAACAACGCCAGGAAGCUGAGAAGGCCAACCAGCUGGCUCAGCAGCUACAGAGGAAAGACUCACAGCUGAAAGCGCUGGAUGCCUUCUACAAGGAGCAGCUGGCACAACUGGAGAAGAGGAAUUUGGAGAGAUUCCAAUCGAGCAAGGAGCAAUUCCACGAAGCUGCCUCCAAUACGGAAGUGAACGUGAGGUCACGCAGCACCGACCCGGUGUGUUCUGGCCUGCAGGCCCAGAUCUUAUCUUGUUACAGGGGGAACAGAGAGCAGACCCUCAAGUGUGCAGACCUGGCCAAAGAAUACAUGCGGUGUAUCAAUGCUGCAAAGAAGAACUUGCUGGUCAACCACGGAUGAAGAGUGGGAGAAAAAGGGUAAAACUGUGUAUUGACGAAGGGUUUUACUUUGGCUAUAAGAGUUGUCGCAUUCCUGCUUUAAAUUAUAUGAUAGUUGAUUUGCUGUUAGCAUGCACUGUUUUUAAAACCUUCUUUUUAUGCUAUUUAUCUAGAGUAUCAUUUGUUAAAGUAGCUCUAUUAUUCUGCACUGCUAUAUUCUAUGAGGAAAACUUUUGAAGAAGGAAAAAGUGUGUGUGUGUGUAUUGCACUAGGUUCACGGUCUGAGUCAGUACACUUUCAGUUCGGUCAUUUCACAAGAUCGGCAGAAGGCGUUUCUAAGAUACGAGCUGUAAAGAUCCAUUCAGGCUCAUUCGUCCAUCAGCUGAAUGUGAAAUUCACCAUACGUCCGAACCUCUGCUGCUUUUGUUGGAAUGAAAAGGAAAAACAUUGUAGAUAUGAGCUGAAUUGAGUGCACAGGGACCGUCCGUGUUUUGAUAUGACUGAAAAAAAAAACCUGAUUUGAGUUAUUGCUUUUGCUUCAGGGUUUUCUUUUUUUUAAUGACACAGGGAUCAGCUCAGGUAACCCUGGCCUUGACUUAAAUUCAUCAGACCUGUUUAUGUGUUAUAUGAUUUUAUUAAACCAUACAUAUCCUGUGAUGAUCUUGUUGGGGUCAAUCAUUUUUCUUUCCUGGCUGCUCAGUUGAUUUAAUCCUUUAAAUAUUUCUUUUAGUUUUAAAAACUAAAUAUGUUGCAUU